UCCAUGGCUCCGACCAGCCGAUGCCGGCUCCGAGCUCGCGGGAUCACGAUGGAUGCAGAGAGACUGAAAAUAAUGUCGUCUCGCUCUGACAGUGGGAGUGGCGAGGACUCGCUGGACCGGCUCCUGCCGCCUGCCGGGGCCCCGCGCAGGAAAAGCACUACCUCACUGAGCAAAACCGAGCCUCCGCUGCUCCGCACGGGCACACGCACCAUCUACACGGCCGGCCGCCCCCCCUGGUAUGACGAGCACGGCGCCCAGUCAAAGGAGGCCUUUGUCAUCGGGUUGUGUGGGGGCAGCGCCUCAGGGAAGACAACCGUGGCCAAUAAGAUCAUCGAGGCUCUGGACGUGCCGUGGGUGGUGCUGUUGUCUAUGGAUUCCUUCUACAAGGUUCUGUCCCCGGAGGAGCAGGUCCUGGCAGCGAGGAACGACUACAACUUUGACCAUCCGGGGGCCUUUGACUUUGAGCUCCUGGUGGCCACCCUGCGAAAGCUGAAGCAGGGCCGGAGUGUGAAGAUCCCCGUGUACGACUUCACCACGCACAGGAGACAGAAGGACUGGAAAAAUCUCUACGGUGCCAGUGUCAUCAUUUUUGAGGGAAUCAUGUCCUUUGCAGACAAAGAGCUUCUCCAGCUCCUGGAUAUGAAGAUCUUUGUGGACACAGACUCGGAUAUUCGGCUGGUCCGCCGGCUCCGCAGGGACAUCACGGAGCGCGGCCGGGACAUCGAGGGGGUCAUCAAGCAAUACAACAAGUUUGUGAAACCUGCAUUCGAGCAGUAUAUCGAGCCCACCAUGAGGCUGGCGGAUAUCGUUGUGCCGAGAGGGGGUGGGAACAUGGUGGCCAUCGAUCUGAUCGUCCAGCAUGUCCACAGUCAGCUGGAGGAGCGUGAGCUCAGUGUCAGGGCCCUGCUGGCCUCGGCCCACCAGCUGCAGCCGCUGCCGCAGACGCUCAGCGUGCUGGAGAGCACAGCGCAGGUCAGAGGUCUGCACACCAUCAUCAGAAACAAAGAAACUAGCCGAGAUGAGUUCAUCUUCUACGCAAAGCGGCUGAUGCGUCUCCUCAUAGAACACGCGCUGACGUUUCUGCCAUCUCAGCCGUGUGCGGUCCAGACCCCGCAGGGCCACGAAUACCAGGGCCGCAGCUCCAACGGGAGAGGGAUCACCGGCGUGUCGGUCCUGCGGGCAGGAGAGACCAUGGAGCCGGCCCUGAGGGCCGUGUGCAAGGACGUACGCAUCGGCAAGAUCCUCAUCCAGACCAACCUGGACUCAGGUGAACCAGAGCUGCAUUACCUGCGUCUGCCCAAAGACAUCAGUGAAGAUCAUGUCAUCCUAAUGGACAGUACAGUGUCCACCGGCGCCGCCGCCAUGAUGGCAGUGAGAGUCCUGUUGGAUCACGAGGUGCAGGAGGAGAAGAUCAUGCUGGUGUCGCUGCUGAUGGCAGAGCUGGGGGUGCACUCUGUGGCCUACGCUUUCCCAAAGGUCAACAUCAUCACCACGGCCGUGGACAAAAGUCUGGACGACUUCUUACACGUAAUCCCCGGCAUCGGGGACUUUGGGGACCGGUACUUUGGGACGGACGGGUCAGACAGCGGGAGUGAUGAGGAGGACCAGGAGCAUCUGUCCUACUGACUCAAACAUCUGUGAGCCUGGGAAAGACAAAACCAAAUUACUUGAAAACUCCGGUUAUUGUGCAUCUUCUUCUUCAAGCGUAGACAGGCACACAACUUCUUGUAUUCGCUUUUAUGUACUGAGGAGAAAAACUUUGUUCUCAGAUGUAGCCAAAGAGUCUCCGUCUAGAUUUGUGUAUUAUAGAUUUUUCUAUGUUUGCGACCCGGAGUCUUUAUUGCUAGUAUUUUCUUACAGAAAGCUUAAAAAUGUGAACGAGUGCCAUUACCCUUCAGUUCCAACACUGCAAUAAAAUUAUAUAUUACACUGUAUUAAAAUGACAACUCACUCUAUUAUCUGUUCAUCUUCUGUAGGACUCUGAGUCUUCAUUGUUAAUAUUUUCAUACAUGAGGAUUCCAGAUGUGAAACGUUGCCAUAACCCAGCAGUUAUGAUAUGAAUCUGCUCCGGGACCCGGUUCCCAGGACUUAUUCUGUGAUCGGUUAGGUUAAAGUGUUGGCAGAUAUGUGUCAGUCACUGUCAUAUUUAUCUGGUCCCCCUCCGAGUUCAGAAGGUCAGGGGGUCAAACAUCACACAAAGCAAAACCUUUACGCUCCAGCUGAGGCUGAAAACCUCAACCAAACAGGUUUACGCAGGCAAUUUUGAAAAAUGAAGUUGUGCACAAUCAAAGUUCCAAUUCACCCUGAGACAUUAAUGAAUGUCUGCUCACAAUCUUUCCUGAAGCCUUUGAGAUAUUGAUGAAAUAAAACUUGAAAAUCAGCUGUUUUCUAUGUGAAUUCAACUACAAAUGUGCUUGCACAGUUAAUAAUGUGUUAGAAUCAUGAUGGAUAGUUCUGCUGUCAUACUGCACGUUGUUUAAUCAGCUUCUCGUCAUUUAAGGGGUCACUUUUAUGCUUCUGGGUGUAAUUCAGACCUUUCACUGUUUAUAGUGUUUCUAAAUCUUCUCUUAAGAAACAUGGUAUAGUUUUGCACCACUCUGCUGCUCACAUUGAUGUCAGUGGACUGUCACAAUUAGUGCAUUAAAUAAUUAGUCAAUUCAUAGUAAACUCACCCUUGCUCUUGGUUAAAUAUAUAUUUUUAAAAACUAAAAAAUUUUUUUUCUUAAAUUCUCAUUUUUUUAUGUCUUAAUGGUGUGAGUGAUGUGUCUCAUGUCAGGUGAUUUACGGUUGAAAACAAUUGAAUAAGUGAGACGGAUAAAUCAGCAGAUUAACCCGUACAAAUAAUC